UCAGUGGUUUGGGAUUAUUUUUGUUUUUUUUUUUAAUAUCCAUUAUCGCAUAUUAAAACUCAACUGACUGGACUUUGGAACAUUCUAAUAUGUAGUUGGUGAAAUUUAACAAGUAUUGGUUUACUUUUUUCGCCACUUACGUUUUUUUUUAAAUGAAUUUUGAAUUAAUUUCGAAAAUGCCUUUCCAAAAAAUUGGGUGGUCCAAACUGGCUCAGCAUCUACUUCUUUUCCAAAGAUGUUAUUCUAACAGUGUUCAGAAAAUUACCACUCACUAUACAAUACAUCCAAGGGAAAAUGAUCCACGAUGGAAAGAGAUAAAUAUGGAACGUUUUGGUGAUGAAACUGAUAUACUGAUUGUGGGCGGAGGCCCUGCAGGUAUGAGUGCUGCCAUCAGAGCAAAACAACUGGCUGAAAAAGAUGGCAAAGACAUUAGAGUAUGUGUGGUAGAGAAAGCAUCGCAAGUUGGAGGUCAUAUUUUAUCAGGUGCUGUAAUACAACCAACAGCGCUAGCUGAAUUAUUUCCUGAUUGGCAAGAAAGAGGUGCUCCUCUUAACACUCCUGUAAAUGAUGAUAAAUUUAGUUUUUUGACUGCUAAUUCCCGAAUACCAAUUCCUGUUUUGCCAGGCACUCCAAUGUACAACCAUGGAAACUAUAUAGUUAGGUUAGGACAUUUUGUUCAAUGGCUUGGUGAACAAGCGGAGGCUAUGGGUGUCGAAGUCUAUCCAGGAUAUGCAGCUUCUGAAAUUCUUUAUCAUCCAGAUGGUAGUGUUAAAGGUAUUGCUACCAAUGAUGUGGGUAUUGCUAAAGAUGGAAGUCCAAAAGCUAAUUUUGAAAGGGGUAUGGAACUUCACGCAAAAUGCACCAUAUUUGCUGAAGGAUGUCAUGGACAUCUCUCAAAGCAGUUGAUUAACAGAUUUAACUUGAGGAAAAGCUCUGAACAUCAAACUUAUGGAAUUGGGUUGAAGGAAUUAUGGGAAAUAAAUCCAGAAAAACACAAACCUGGCCGUGUUGAGCAUUCAAUUGGUUGGCCAUUGGACAAAAAUACAUAUGGAGGGUCUUUUCUCUACCAUUUAAAUGAGCCCACUCCUCUGAUAGCAGUAGGUUUCGUUGUUGGUUUAGAUUAUACCAACCCUUAUAUAAGCCCAUUCAAAGAAUUUCAGCGAUUCAAGCAUCACCCUUCAGUUAAACAUUAUUUUGAAGAUGGCACAAGGGUAUCCUAUGGGGCGAGAGCUUUAGUUGAAGGUGGCUUUCAAAGCAUACCAAAGUUGACCUUUCCGGGUGGUUGCCUAGUGGGAUGUGCUGCCGGAUUUAUUAACUUACCAAAAAUUAAAGGUACUCACAAUGCUAUGAAAAGCGGUAUGUUAGCUUCGGAGAGUGUUUAUGGGGCUAUAUUUGGGGAGAAACAAAAAACAGAAUCUUUUGAACCUUAUUCAUAUGAAGAAUCAUUCAAAAAUAGUUGGAUUUGGAAGGAACUUAAAGCUGUCCGAAAUAUUAGGCCCAGUUUUCACACUCCUUUGGGUUUGUAUGGGGGUUUACUCUACAGUGGAUUCUCUGUAUUAAUUGGGGGACGUGAACCAUGGACAUUUAAACAUGGAGAUCCUGAUUAUAAGAGACUGAAACCAGCAAAAGACUGCAAACAAAUUGAGUAUCCGAAACCUGAUGGAAAAAUAAGUUUUGACUUACUAACUUCUGUCGCUUUGACUGGAACUAAUCACGAGGGGGAUCAACCUGCGCAUUUAACUUUAAAGGACGACAGUGUCCCUGUCAAUAGAAAUUUAAAGAUUUUUGAUGGUCCCGAAGCUCGAUUUUGUCCAGCAGGGGUAUAUGAAUUUGUACCUCUGGAGUCAGGCGAAGGCAAACGCCUACAAAUUAAUGCCCAAAACUGUAUUCACUGCAAAACAUGCGAUAUAAAGGACCCCAGCCAAAACAUCAAUUGGGUUGUUCCAGAAGGAGGAGGUGGCCCCGCCUAUAACGGAAUGUGAAAAUGCCAACAUAUUUUUUAUUAAAUUUUAAUCAUGAUAUUUUUACAGAAACUUUAAUGAUAAAGAGAUUACACCUGAUGUAAUAUUUUGUAUGAAAUAUACCCAUUUUUAUUCAGUGUUA